UAUAAGGCAGAGCCGAGCCACUCUCUGCUGGGUGACCCCUAUUUCGGCUUUGGUGAACAGGAACUGAUCCCAAGGACUGUUACCUCCUCUAUUGUCUCGUGUGCAGUGUCAGAAACGCAAUCAUGCCUUUCGGUAACACCCACAACAACUUCAAGCUGAACUUCAAGUCUGAUGAGGAGUACCCCGACCUCACCAAGCACAACAACCACAUGGCCAAGGUGCUGAGCAAGGAGAUGUACAGCAAGCUGAGGGACAAGCAGACUCCCACCGGAUUCACUCUGGAUGACGUCAUCCAGACCGGCGUGGACAAUCCCGGUCAUCCCUUCAUCAUGACCGUUGGCUGCGUUGCCGGUGACGAGGAAUCCUACGAAGUAUUCAAGGACCUCUUCGACCCGAUCAUCUCAGACCGUCAUAACGGCUACAAAGCCACCGACAAGCACAAGACCGACCUGAACUUCGAGAACCUGAAGGGGGGCGACGAUCUGGACCCCAACUACGUCCUGAGCAGCCGUGUCCGUACCGGCCGCAGCAUCAAGGGAUACGCCCUGCCCCCCCACAACAGUCGUGCUGAGCGCAGGGCCGUGGAGAAGCUGUCCGUCGAAGCUCUGGGCAGCCUGGACGGCGAGUUCAAGGGCAAGUACUACCCCCUGAAGUCCAUGACUGACGCCGAGCAGGAGCAGCUGAUCACUGACCACUUCCUGUUCGACAAGCCCGUCUCCCCCCUGCUGCUGGCCGCCGGUAUGGCCCGUGACUGGCCUGACGCCAGGGGCAUCUGGCACAACGAGAACAAGACCUUCCUGGUGUGGGUGAACGAGGAGGAUCAUCUUCGCGUCAUCUCCAUGCAGAAGGGCGGCAACAUGAAGGAGGUCUUCAGGCGCUUCUGUGUCGGCCUGAACAGGAUUGAGGAAAUCUUCAAGAAGCACAACCACGGCUUCAUGUGGAACGAGCACCUGGGCUACGUCCUCACCUGCCCCUCCAACCUGGGCACUGGCCUGCGUGGCGGUGUCCAUGUCAAACUGCCCAAGCUUAGCCAGCACCCCAAAUUCGAGGAGAUCCUGACCAGACUGCGCCUGCAGAAGCGCGGCACAGGUGGCGUGGAUACCGCCUCCGUGGGUGGCGUGUUCGACAUCUCCAACGCCGACCGUAUCGGCUCCUCCGAGGUGGAUCAGGUGCAGUGCGUGGUGGACGGCGUCAAGCUCAUGGUCGAGAUGGAGAAGAAGCUGGAGAAGGGCGAGGCCAUCGACGGCAUGAUCCCCGCCCAGAAGUAAAGAGGGAAACCUCCACCGCGUUUCGCUCCUUGUCCUCCGUUUCGUAUGUUUUGUUUCUUUAAACAACUAUAAAUCAACUAAGCAGCGCGCGGAUCGACCUUCCGUGCCACGAGAGACUCUCCGACUCCGUCUUUUCUCUUUCGCUCCUCUUUUCCUCGUUCCUCCUCCGGUGUCAUCCUGGGAUCAGAUUCCUGGCGCGGGUACAAACGCCUGGCGUCUACGUUUCACCUCAUUUUGAACUCAUUUUGGUUGUAAAAAGUAAAUGAAGUAAAUUGUGAUUUAAUAAAAGCGUACCCCGUAAA